AUGGCCUCAAACUCUGUGAAAGAAAGCGCCAGCAAUGCCGCAGUCUCAGCCAAACAGGCCUCGAAAGCCGCGAUCGAGAAUCCUCAAACUAUCCUUCACAGCCCAUACAUGCGCCUCGCCCUCCCCUUCCUAAACGGCGGCCUGGCUGGCAUGACGGCAACAGUCGUCAUCCAACCCGUCGACAUGGUCAAAGUCCGCCUUCAACUCGCCGGCGAAGGUGCAAAGACAGGUCCUCGCCCAUCAGCCAUCGGGAUCACCCGCGAGAUCAUCGCUUCCGGCAAAGCCCUCGAUCUAUACACCGGCCUCUCAGCCGGUCUGCUCCGCCAAGCAGUUUACACGACCGCCCGUCUCGGCUUCUUCGACACCUUCAUCAAAACCCUCAACGCCCGCGCUGAAGCCGCCGACCGAAAAGUCACCUUCGCCGAGCGCGCCGCAGCCGGCCUCUCCGCAGGCGGUAUCGCCGCCAUGAUUGGAAACCCGGCCGACCUGGCCCUCGUACGGAUGCAAUCCGACGGCCUGAAAGCUCCCGAAGCUCGCGCAAACUACAGAUCCGUGUUUGACGCUCUCGUUCGCAUCCCGCGCGCGGAAGGCGUCGCGGCACUCUGGGCGGGAGCCUUGCCAACGGUCAUUCGCGCCAUGGCGCUGAAUAUGGGCCAGUUGACGUUCUUCGCGGAGAGUAAGACACAGCUGAAGCAGCACACAAACCUGUCCCCGCAAAGUCAGACGUUCGCGGCGAGUGCGAUUGCAGGAUUCUUCGCGAGUUUCCUCUCAUUGCCAUUUGAUUUCAUCAAGACGCGUCUGCAGAAACAGUCGAAGGAUCCCAAGACUGGCCAGGUGCCGUAUAAGGGUGUUUUGGACUGUGCACGCAAGGUCGUCGCAGAAGAGGGAUGGAUGCGCUUCUAUCGUGGCUUUGGAACGUAUUAUGUUCGGAUCGCUCCUCAUGCGAUGGUAACGCUCAUCGUUGCUGAUUACUUGAACCUCAUAACCAAGUAG